AUAAACUGGAAUAUCCUAUUGAUAAUAUGUAGAAUGUUGUAAAAAUCGUUGGUUUAUUAUGACGAUCGGGAGAUGGAUUAUUCUGUUGGUUUAUGGGAAAUACGUCCUUCAUUCAGAUGCUGUAUGCACCUACCCGACAGAUCUGAGAGGGGAUUGGUACUCGUCCUCAAAUGGAAUACUUACAUUUGAGAACUCCGCCAUUCAAGGUUUCAUCAGUGGAGCCACGCUCAUUGGCACGCAAAAUUACACGUGCGAAUUCGACGGUACGGGAGAUAGGUAUAUCGCAAAAGCCACCGUCCAGUUUUUCACAACAGUCAGUGGUGAUGUUUACCUAUGUAUGAACAUGGUCAAAGAGUCAGAUUCAAAGUACAUCGUAACGUACGAGUCAGAGAUUGACUCCACCACAAAUCAGCGGGAGGUUGUUAUACUUUCGGGAACUGGAAACGUGGCUACGGAGAGCACCAUUUGUAACAUAGUAGGUUCAUAUCCGACCGGAGCACAUGAAAUCUUCGUUAAUAAAGACUCGGUAGAGGACGCUGCCGUAACAUGUCCUGCCAUCCUUCAGAAUACACUUGACGUCGUAGUGUCCAACAAGUCAUGCACUAGAUCACAAUUAGACGGACAAACAGACACAACACGACUGUCUUUUACGUACUCCGACUGCGCCCAGGAGACACUUUUUUCAUCUAAUGGUCAGUUUAUCUGCUUGUACAGUUUUACCGAUGGAUCUUUUACCUACCUCAAUGUACUCAAUAACGAUUCCUCCAUUUACGAGCCUACAACAUACCGUUUCUCAUGCUUCGUUUUGGAGGCACAAGGAAGGCUUGUGUACGUGACACAACAUCCGGAAGUAUGUCAGUCUGGCCAGACGCCUUAUAAUGUGUCCUCAUCAGGGAGAAUCCUGGUGUUAAUUGACAACGACCCAGACACAGACAUGAGUGGUCAGAUCGCUGUAGGGGUCAUAAUCGGUCUUGUGGUUAUUUCGGUGUUAGGGUUCGGUGUGCUAUCAUUCAUCAGAUGGUUCAUCUACGGCAGCAGGAAGCGUAUCGAACCUGUACCAGACGCAGAAUCAAUGAAAGAAACAGCAAGAUACUAUUGGAAGUUUCUUAAAAAAAGGUUGACUGAAAAAGCAGAACCUUUCGAUGAUAUUCUUAAGAUCAUUAAUUUUAGGAAGAGAAGACUGCAACGAAAAGCGUUAUUGUCUAAGAGGGAUUCUUUUAUAAUGGAGUUAGAAGUGCAUGAGGAGACAAACGAAGAGUCGGAGUUUAGUGAUAUAGAAUUGACUGUUCCUAAAUCAGCUAUAAGACGAUUGCCAUCUAUGGAUCGUAAGAAAAUGGUGCAAUGGAUUGAUUGUAGCAAAUCAAGUGUGUCCUAUUUUCGGGCGAAACCAAUCUGGCAGAAAGACUGGGAAUCGUAUCGGGAUCCGUUUAAUAUGCAAAACAUAAACAGAGCUGAUACUCCCAGCACCAGUGCUCAAAGUGUAAGGACAGUGUCCGCAUUAAUGGACACGGGGGACAUUUCGUGGUACGAACCGGAGAAAAUUGAGAAAGGCUUGCUUAACACAAUGUGGAAACGAAUCUUUAAGUUGUUACCACAACUAGCAAAGAAGAAGGAACCGGAUUACUUCGGAAGUUGAUUUGUAAUUUGUAUUCUUCAUCUCCUACCAUUUUCAUGGACAAAAACUCUUAUGCAGAGAUAAACUCAUCACAAAAAACAUAGUUAUUUAAGAAACUUGAUCUAGAAUGUUCGUUAUAGUUAUUGAACAUCUGAUUUUAAGAAAACUAUGUAACAUGAUAAUUUGACAAAGACAAUAUUGCUUAGGAAUUUUGUGGAAGCCAUAGUCGAUUGCCAUUGAUAUAUUUCAAUCCGAAUUGUAGAUAUUUUAUCAAUGUUUUCUUAUUCACCUGGUGAAUGUUUAUUUCAUGCUUUGUGCUGAAAUAUUACUUUUCUGUGUAAAAUUGUAUAUUGUAUUUACCGUACCAAUUAUAAUGCUUCACUAAGAUCAUGGCGCAAAGAAAAAGGGGGAAAUGUUUUAAAAAGUAUCAACAAAUAUAUAAUGAUCAUGAUCAUUGUGGUCUUCAUCCUCGAAACCCCAGGGGCUACGCUCACUUACGCUCUCUGCACUCAUGGAAUAUGUCAUAGCAAAAUUGAAGGCACACGGCUGUUGGAUUGGUCUCGGGUAAAAACUGCUGACCAAACAGGAACAUCAAAGGAACAAAUAUAUUCAUAUUGUCUCAUCCUAAAGGUGGCAAACACUGAGCCUUCUAUUUCUUCAUGACAUAUUGCAGGUGUGCAGAGGCCGUACGUAAGCGCAACCCCUUGAGUAUCGAGGAUGAGCUGUUUUUCGAUUUAGACAAGUUUUGCUGUACCGAUAAUGUAAAAACAGAAAGAGGUCGUGUUUUCACUGUCAUAUCACCAAAUUGUCAUUUUCAGGCAAUUAAUCACUCUAUUUCAACUGAAUAUUUUUCAACUUCAAACAACAUUUGUUACAACUCGAGAAACUGACAUAUAACAUCUAUUUCACAAAAUCAUUUCAGUAUAUAAGGUGUUUAAUAUGUGAAUCAUGUGUUAUUGUUAGUAUAAUCAAUAUAGGGCCAAUCAUAAUGCUGAUUUGCCAGUAUCCCUUUCAAUUUAACGUCAUAUUGAGAUUCACUUUGGAGUGACCAUGCCGCAAUAUGUAGGAAAAUCUGCGGUUAAAACUGAAGUAAAACUCUAUUAAUAUUAUAUGUAUAUUUGUAUGAAGAUAUAUAAAAUUCCCAUGACUGUUAUAAAUGUGAAGAAUAAGCGUGCGAAGCCUUUCCCGCUACUUAUCUCAGGGUUGAAACUGAGUUUACGUUUUUACCAUGCAUAAGCGAAUUCUCGAGAUGUCUGCAGAGCACAUUCCAACGAUUGGCGUCUAUGUUUUCGACUGGGACAGAGUUAUUGUUUACACAAUACUUCGUGUGCGACAGGGUCAGAGGUAAUGUUCAUAUACUACACGUGCUUUGAUCUUCAUUGAAAAAUAUGUUACGUCACUUGUUAAGCUUAACGACUUCAUAAUUUACGUCGAGACUUCACAAUUGAAGGCUAGGUUGUGUGCACUGUCUGUGAGUAUGUUGCCAUACAUUGUUGUAAGAAUAAAUGCUA